CGUCAACCAACUAUUGUCAAUGCUUGUAAGCCUUUAUAGAUAAAAUCAACAUUUUUUAUAUUAGUGUUUUGGUUGAUUGUAUAUUUGUACAGAUUGUAUAUAGGCUGUGCGGUUUUUCUGGUUAAGCUGUCAGUGUGUUUCACAAUGGCUGUUCCACGUCAACAACCUACAGUAGAUGAAUUAUUCGAUAUUAAGAAUAGUUUUUACACUGGUUCUUUUCAGCAAACAAUAAAUGAAGCGCAGAAAAUUAAGCCGUCUACUACAGAGCUACAAGUGGAAAGAGACAUCAUAUUGUAUCGAGCAUACAUUGCACAACGUAAGUACCGGGUUGUUCUGGAUGAAAUCCAUGGAGCAUCACCACCUGAGCUUCGCCCACUGAAACUUUUAGCAGAUUACUUGGCUAAUUCUAAUAAAAGGGAUGCCAUUGUGGAAUCAGUUAAGGAGCAACUGAGCGGCAGUGCAGACAUCUCCAACCACACGUUUGUCAUAGUAGCAGCAACUAUCUUCUGCCAUGAGUCCAAUUAUGAAGCUGCCUUACGUGUGCUACACCAAGAUGAUAACUUAGAAAGCUCUGCCAUGAACAUCCAGAUAUUCCUCCAGAUGGACCGAGUUGACCUCGCUCGCAAAGAGUUAAAAGCAAUGCAAGAGAAAGAUGAAGACGCAACAUUAACUCAGCUUGCUCAGGCUUGGGUUAACAUAGCAAUGGGGGGUGAGAAGCUGCAAGACGCUUAUUACAUCUUCCAAGAGCUGAUAGACAAGUAUGGCAGCACACCGAUGUUGCUGAACGCCCAGGCCGUCUGUCUCAUCAGUCAGGGUCGCCACGAGGAGGCAGAGACUGCACUACAAGAAGUACUCGACAAGGACAGCAACCUACCGGACACACUUGUUAAUAUGAUUGUUCUCACACGCCACCUGGGCAAGCCCAUUGAGGUGGGAAAUCGCUACUUGGCUCAAUUGAAAGAUUCACACGUUGAUCAUCAGUUUGUCAAGGACUACAGACUUAAGGAGGCAGAGUUUGAGAGACUGGCUCGUCAAUACAGCAAAAUAGCAGCUUGAUAUUCAAACUACUAAUAAAGAUGCUACAGAUGUUAUUAAUUAAUUAAAUUCAUGAUGUAUAUCUUAUUUAUAAAAUUUAAAAUUAAAUUUAUUUGAUAAAAAAUGUUUAUCUUUUAAUAGAAAUUAUAACCACAUUGUAAAAAUCCA